AUGAUGGAUUACAAAGUACCUCCGUCACCUUUAAGCCCAGCAGAACAGGCCCGAAUACGCCGCGAGCGCCGCCAGGCCAAAGUCAAGUCUAGUGCUGGCGCACGAUUGAACCGUAUCACAUCAACACAAGGUCAAACGUUUCGCCAGGAAGAUGAAACCCCCGUACCAGAACCGACGCCAGCUCGGGAUGAACCUACUCCAGACCCCCCGGAGAUUGACAUCUCCGCCCAUCAUUACGAGCCCAAAGCCCGCCAGCAGGAUCGUCUCCAAACAGAAAACAUUUUCGCAAAUAUGAUUAAUUCGCCGAUGCCAGGUCGUAAUUCUGAACAACCCUCUGAUGCAGACCUACGGCAGAUGCUUAUGAGUAUGAAUCAAGGCCCACCACCAGGUAUGAAUAUGCCAGGUAUGGGUAUGGGUGGUUCUGGAGGGGAGGAUCCAAUGAUGGCGAUGCUGCAACAAAUGAUGGCUGGUGGUGGUGGUAUGCCAGGUAUGGCGGGCCCGGGGAUGCAAAUGCCUCCAGGUAUGGAAGGUAUGAUGGGUGCUAUGGGAAUGCCCCCGCAACAACAAGGCAAUGAUUGGGGAAGUUGGUGGAGAAUUUUACAUUCGCUGUGCGCUCUCCUUCUGGGACUAUGGGCUGUGAAAUCUACAGAAUGGAGCUUUUCGGGGAGCGCACUACAAAGGGCGGAGUCGGCGAAUUUUGAUAUGGAUGAGAAACCGGUACUGAUAACCAUUCACACCCACAUGUUUUGA